AUGGCUUGAACAGGCCGACACGGUCAAUUUGGUGUCGCUGUCACCAACCAUGCUAAAGAAAUUAGCCUAGACUUGCCAACGUUGAUUCUGGGCGCAUCAAAGACGUUGUCGACAACAAAAAAAGAAUCCCCAGAUCAAUUAUUACUAGUGCAUCAAGCUGCACAGCCUCAGCGGCACUCCAGAAUAGACAAUCCAUCUAGUCCGUGUAUUGCGGCCGCAUCCAUUUUCUCAGAUGAUAUUGCUGAAUCACUAGCAGAUAUAAGAGUCAAGGAUGUAGCCUGUGGUGGCAGUCUGACUCUGGUGCAUGUAGUUCCUGUCUUCAAGGUGGCCUAA